AUGUCAGAAUUUCAAAACUUAUUAUCAAAACAACCGGUUAGAUUAGCUAAUAGAAAUGAACAUCCAUAUCACAUGUAUGAUAUGAUAGUGUCGACACCAGACUCUAUCGAUAGAUUCUGGAAAGAGGAAAGAGAUACUCUUGCAAAGGUUGCCAAAACCAUCGCAACAACCGCCACUAGAGUCAUCUUUGUUGGUAUUGGUACAUCGUAUCACUGUGCACUCAAUGCCAAGUAUUUCUUUGAACAAGUGGCUCAACUUGAUCGAUCCAAGGUCUCUAUUGACGCAAUCGACAGUUUCGAUUUCACCCAACGUACUCCAUACCUUGAUGCCACAACUGCCGUAAUCAUCUUUUCUCAUAGAGGUAUUAAAAAGUUUAGUUUUGAUUCUUAUAUGAAAUCAAAACAAGCAGGUAGUUUAACUGUAUUAUUUACAUCGAUUGAAUCACCAGUUGUUGAUGGAUUGACAGUUGUUAGAACUAGUCAUGGUGAACAAUCGAGUGCAUUUACAGUUAGCCAUACUACAUCAUCGUUUGGAGCAUUGUGUUUGGCUAAUGAAGUUGCCAAGGUACUUGGAAACAAUGUGUCUGCAUUGGAGAGUGAAUUGGCUGCAUUUAGCAACACUGUCAAAUCGAUUCUUUCCAAUCAAGAUUCACACAAACUUUGGGCAUCUAGAUUCAAGAAUGUUCCAUGGCUCCCAUUCACUGGAUACUCUGGCAACGUCAGUAAUGCACAUGAAGUAGCUCUCAAGAUCAAAGAAGCUUGUUGGAAAUUAGCCGAAGGUAGUCAAGUUGAACAAUUUAUUCACGGACCAUUUGUUGCAUGUGGAAACAAUACAGUUCUUACCACCCUUAUUUCAACUGAUGAUAAAUUGGAUGUUGGUCGUCAAAGAUCAAUUUGUCUUUUAAGAGCAGUAAAACUAGUUGGAGGACAAGCAGCAGCUAUUAUUCAAGAUAGUGAAAACCAAGAAUCAAUUAAAGAAGUUGAAACUGCAGUUGGACAAGAUGGUGUUGUCAUCAAGGUACCAAAAUCUUCAGAACCUAUCAAUGUAUUGACCAGUCUUUUGUCUCUCCAAUUGAUUACCUAUCAUAUCUCACUUGAAGUUGGAACCAAUCCAGAUGUAUUUAGAAAGGAUCAACCUGAGCACUCAUCAGCUUUCCUCAAUUCUGGUAUUGUUUUAUAA